AUGGAACGGGAUCCGGCGGAUGGAGCGGCAGCCCGGGGUGCGGGGUGCAGCCCCCGGGCCGCGCCGUGUCCCUCCGGGGGCCGGCCCGGCUCUCUGGCGUGUCCCGCAGCGGGAAGGGCGUUUCCAGCCCCGGUGCAGAGAGCAGGGCCCGAGCCGGGCUGGCUCCGCGGCUUUCGCACCUGCCCAGGCCCGCGGCGGGAGCGCUGCCCCGGCUCUGCCGGCGCCCCCGGCCCGGCCGUGCCCGCUCCCCGCCUGCCCCUGGGGGUCCCACGGCAGCGACCCCCGGGGCGAGGGGCGGGCGGGCCCCCAGCACUGCCCGGCCUUGGGGGCCGGGGCAGGAGGGAGGGGAGCGAGCACCGGGCGGAGUCCCGGCACCGCGGGACGUCCCGGGAUUGCGGGGUGCCCACGGAUUGCGGGGUGCCCACUGUGGAACGCCGCAGGACUGCCGAGUGCCGCGGGUCUGGGGCUGUGCCGCGCUGGCUCUCAGCACUGCUGAGACUGGAGUGCGGUUGCAGCUGGUCUGGGGGGCAGCUGGCCGGUCCCGCAUUCCCCGGGGCCGGGCUGGGGCUCACCCCGCGCAGCCCCGGGGUGUUUCGGGCUGGGGCUGCCCCGGCCGCUCCCGACGAACCUGCCGCGGCCGCCCGGCCCCGCCCGCUGCCCUUCCUCGGGAGAAGGAGGAGGAAGAGGAGGAGGUGGCAGCGGAGCAGGAACGGCGCUGGAAGCAGCGGGAGCGGGACAGCUCCGACGGGACGGGGGACCCCGCUGUGCCCCCAGCAGCUCUCGGACUCAUCCCUCAUGCCGGGGAAGCUGAGGCGCAGCAGGCGGGAGGUGCUGGGGGAGAAGCAGUGGCGGAGCCUGGAGGAGAGGGGAAGUGCCCAGCUGGAGCAGCCCAAGCUCACCAGAUCCAGAACCUAUGAGUCCUCCUGCAAAGAGACAGAGCAGGCGGCCAUGGGCAGGCAGGGACCUCCAUCCCCCUCGCUGAGCAAGCAGGACAGCAGCUACCGCCGGGCCUUCGGGGAGCUCGCCGAGCAGGACGCGCUGCUGGGCUGCUUCUCGUGCGCCUGGCAGAGAGAAAUGCCCUACCACGGCCGCCUCUACGUGUCCUCCCGCCACAUCUGCUUCCACUCCAGCCUCCUGCUCAAGGACAUCAAGGCCGUGGUCCCUGUCGCCUCCAUCUCAGCCCUCAAGAAGACCAACACGGCUCUGCUGGUGCCCAAUGCAAUCAGCAUCCGCACGGCCAAGGGGGAAAAGUUCCUCUUUGUGUCGCUGCGCCAGCGAGAGGCCACGUACCAGCUCCUGAGGUCAGUGUGCAAACACCUGCAGGACAGCGGCCAGAGCCCUCGAGACUCAGUGAGCUGUGAGGAAACGCUUGAGAAGUCUCAGAUGUCGAGCCAGUCAGCCCUGGAGCAGAGCACCCCGGAGCCCAACAGCCUCCAGGAAGCCCUGGGACACCUAGACCCCUCCCUGGGGCAUUCAUCGAGCGUCUCCCGGUCACCUGCAGAUGAGCCAAACCUGAGAUCAAGGCAAGCGGAGGAUGAGGAUGGCGAGGUGGCCCUGCUGGUUCCCCGCAGCAGCGAAUGGGUGCCCUCAGCAGAGACACGUGGCCUCUGGGGGGGCCCCCACGCCGUGCUCUGUGCCUGGGCCACCGCACUUUGGUCCCGGAUAAACCCCCAGCUGAGCUCUCUCAACAUCAUCAUCAUCAUCUACCUGCUGCUCAUGGUGGCCUUGCUGCUGUCCUCGGGGUACAUCGGCCUGCGCAUCGCGGAGCUGGAGCAGCAGUUGUCCUUCGCAGGGGCCGGGCCAGACCUCAACCUGUCACAGCAGUACAAGACAACGUGAGGCCACUGAGGACAAUGACCAGAGCUCCAGCCAGGGCUCAGGGGCUGCUCUGAGCCCUUCCUUGGCCUCUCGGGGGGGCUGUCACCAAGUGCCUUCCAGCUCCCCACGAUGCCUGGGAAACCCACAGGCUGAGGCUCCAUCUCUCCCUGUCUGCCCACCCUGAGCAGCAGCAGAAGAGACCCAGGGAGCUCCCAAUGGGGCAGAGAGCAGGGAAGUCAGCUGGAGUCAGCACCAACCCCCAACCAGCCCUCCCUUGCCAAGAGGGAGCAAGCAGAGAGAGGGGGCCAAGCCCCAGGCAAGGCAGGGGCAUAGAGAAUAAUCUAUUAAUAAAGAUUAAUAAAAAUCA